AUGCCUCCUUCCCUUCGGCACGACAUUCUCGCAACUGCGGAUGAAUUCUUUGCCACUACAAUUUUCCUAUUCGGUGCUUAUGGCACCAUUCGAGCUGGUUUAACGGGAGCCAAUGGUGCUUUGACGAAUGAUUCGCUGAUUGUGAUUGCGUUUGGAUUUGGAUGUGGUUUCUUUGAUGACUUCUGUAUGGACUCACUCGAAUACAUCUGGAGCAUGGUGCAAUCCCGUAAUAUGCAUGGUGGCAUACCUGUCUGGCAAAAUCUCGUAUGUCCCUUCUUCACCAUUACUACGAUCUACACAUCAAACCCAUCUUACUCUCAUCCCAUCAGCCUCCUACGCUGCAUCUCCUACACCAUCGCUGAAUGCCUCGCUGCAAUCUUCGCCGCAGCUCUCAUAAAAGCUCUCCUCCCCGGCGACUACAUCGGCGCAACAGCACCGGGUCUUGGAUCAUCGCUCGCCCAAACAUGGUUUCUUGAAAUGAUUAUGACCUGUGUGCUCGCACUGGUUGUACUAAAUGCCGGGAUUGAUGGGCAGACAGAGCAGCUCGCACCGUUGCAUAUUGGGUUGACGCUGCUGGUUAUUCAUCUUGGAGCAGUGCCGUUUAGUGGGAGUGGGGUUAAUCCGGCGAGGAGUUUAGGGAGUGCUGUGUUGAGCGGGGUGUGGACGGCGCAUUGGAUUUAUUGGACAGCACCGAUUGUAGGCGGUUUGCUUGGAUUCGCGAUAUGGAAACUGCUGCAAAAGGGAAGAGCCCAACCUGAUAAUGAUUUUCUAGCGGCUGUGUCAGAGUUUAUUGGGACGGCCAUGUUCUUAUUCCUCGCAUAUGCUGGCAUUCAGGCGGCUAUACAAACAUCAGCUGGAACGUUUGCGUCGACAUUGUUGGUUGUUGCACUAUCGUUUGGAUUCAGUUUGAUGAUUACCAUCUGGACAUUUGCAGGCGUAACAGGCUCUCCACAAAACCCAGCCGUCUGCCUCGCCGUAUACAUAAUCGGAGAAAUGUCCCUCAAACGAAUGAUCUUCUACAUCAUCGCUGAGCUCCUUGGCGCGCUCUUUGCUGGCGGCCUCACAUACGCUAUAUUCCCCAACAAGGUUACCGGUGCAACGACGCUUGGUGCCAGCACGACUCAAGUUCAGGGGGCGAUGCUCGAAGCAAUAUCAACCGCCAUCCUCCUCUUUGUGAUACUUCGGAAUGCUGUUACGGGCACGUCGGGAAUUUUCGGUGUAUCCAAUACCCGUGGGUUUCGUCCUGAUCGUCCUUCAUCUUGUAACGGUGCAAUAUACUGGCACAUCCGUGAAUAUUGCACGUUCGCUUGGGUAUACGUUGUCGGCCAAGCAAUCGGGGUCGUGAUUGCCGUGGGAGUGUGGAAGGUUGCCUCUCUAACAGACGAGGAAGUUGCAGCAGAUGCUGCUGUUGAAGAAGAAGAAGAAGCAGCAAAGGCCGCAUCGCCGUCACCGACUGGGACGUUGAUUGGAGAUGAGCUGACGGAUGUUAAGACUGAGCAGGUGUGA